AGGAAUCGAUGAAUUUCAUCGUUCCUAUAUAUAGUCCAAUACAACUAGAGUUUUGAUUGGUCAAGCCAACUAAUUAACCUCUGGGGUUAACUGACUUGUUAUUGGGCAAAGAUAAUAAUCAGCAUGAAGAAUAAAUCAACUACGUGGUUUAUGGUGUAUGUGGUUGUGAUUAGUGAGCUCAGCGAAGCAUUGGUGAAGCUCCCUCCAAAUGUGACAGUUACUGCACUGAUAGCAUUCGGAGACUCCAUUGUUGAUCAGGGGAUGAAUAACAACAUCAAUACAAUUGCCAAGUGCAAUUUCCCACCUUAUGGUUCUGAUUUAAUGGGUGGUGUACCCACCGGAAGGUUCUGCAAUGCAAGGACACCCGCCGAUCUAAUAGCUGAAGAGUUGGGAAUAAAAGAACUUGUUCCUGCGUAUUUCGAUCCUAAUCUGCAAACUACAGAUCUUCUAACAGGAGUAAGUUUUGCUUCGGGAGCAGCUGGAUAUGAUCCUCAGACAUCUCAAAUACCGGCGGUCUUAUCGUUACCGGAUCAGUUGGACUUGUUCAAAGAGUACAUGAGUAAGCUUAAAGCGUUGGUCGGAGAAGAAAGUGCAAAUUACAUAAUAGCCAAUGCUAUAUAUUUUGUAGUAGCUGGCACUGAUGAUCUUCUCAAUACCUAUUUUAUACUUGGUGCUAGAAGACUGCACUAUGAUGUUCCUUCUUAUGCAGAUCUUAUGGUUCAUUAUGCUUCCACUUUCAUCCAGGAAUUAUAUGAUCUGGGAGCAAGAAGAAUUGCUGUAUUUGGUGCUCCACCAAUUGGUUGUUUGCCAUCACAAAGAACAUUAGCAGGGGGAUUAAACAGAAUGUGUGUAGAUAGAUACAACCAAGCAGCACAACUGUACAAUGCCAAACUCUCAUCACAGCUUGACACACUCGGCAAUACUCUGCCCCAGUCUAAAGUAGUCUACGUGGAUAUCUAUAACCCUCUACUUGAUCUCAUUCAAAAUCCUCAAAAUUAUGGUCUUGAAGUGGUAGAUAAAGGUUGCUGCGGAACCGGAGUUUUGGAGGUGUCAGUGUUAUGUAACAAAUUUAGCCAAACAUGUCCUGAUCAUACAAAAUAUCUCUUCUGGGAUAGUUAUCAUCCUACUGAAACUGGAUAUAAGCUCCUGGUUGAUCAGAUUCUUGGCAACUACAUCAACAGAUUCUUUUGAUUCCGCAUUUACAUGAGCGUGUAGAACCGGUGUGAUUGUGUGAAUGUAAUAAACACAACUGUAUAUUGUACGGCUCCAAACAGUUAACGUUUGACAUGUAAACACAACUGCAUAUUGUAUUGCUGAUCAUGAUACAGACGUUAUGGAAGUGAAAUUGGGCAACAAUUUGUUACGGGUUUUUUAUGUUUGC